AUAUUGUUUGGUCCAAUUUAAUUUCCACCAGUGGAUUUCACGAUGUUAUUAAUAAAUUUGACUUAAGAGACGACAAUGCCACUAAAAUUCAAGCAUCAGUAAAAGGCUGGCUUGCCCGAAGAACCAUGAAACUAAUUAGAGAGGAGUUUAAGCUCAUAGUUGAAGAUGUGGAAGGUCAAGCCAGUAGCUAUCAGGAUGUGGACAGCUAUUUUACUGUUUUUCCAAAAAUCUCAACCUUGAGUGAGAAGACAAAGUGUCCAAAGCCAAGAAUUCAGACCUCUAAGCAUAAACUGACAUAUCCAAAAUCAGGGAUCCAGCCUUAUAGGGACAACUUGAAUGCAAAGACUAGGCUACACACCUACACGGACAACUUAACUUACAGAGAAAUAGGAAUCCAGACCUCUAAGGCAAGUUUAGCAUAUUUAAAACGAACGGUCCUGACCUCCAGUGACAACUUGGCAUGUGAAGAAUCGGGAUUUCGGAGAUCGAGAGACAACGUAAUUUGUCCAAACUCAGGGAGCCAGACCUCUAACGAGACGUUGACCUAUACAGAGCGAGGGACUCAAACUUGUUUAGAAGCAGUGCCAAGGACCUACAGUGAUGAUAAUUUGGCCUGUACAGUGUCAGACCUUCAGACCCAAAACGAUGGUUUAAGUUAUCAGGAAUCAAUGAUUAAGACUUUCAGGGACAACUUAGCUAAUCCAGAGGUGAACAUUGAAACCUCUAAAGACACUGUUGUCUGUCUAAAAACAAAUGUUCAGCCCUCCAAGAGUACUUCAGAAUCAGCAGUGAAUACUUCUCAAGACGAAAUAUUUCGUCCAGUAUCAGAAACACACGCAGGUGACAAGAAACAAUGUAAAAGUAUGUCAUGGGACAUUCAUUCCUUGCAGAGUUAUCACAGAGAUUUGGCAUUAGAUCUUCUUUGGAUUCAGCAAGCAAUCAACAGUCGGAAGAAUUUUUUGAGAACGAAGACUUGUGAUAUGAUGUGCGAACUUUAGAAUGUCUAACACUAAGUCACCAUUUGAAUAGGGGCAGACUGCAAAGUGGACAGAGACCUAAGUCCUCUAUAAUCAAGAGGAGGACCAGUUGAGGAAGAGAUCUGUCAUGACCUGAGAACAACUUGUGGCAUCUGUGAUCAGAGUUGGUCCAAAUGUAUAAGGCAUUGGCAGGGAGAUCAUCCAGUGGCAACAAAAAGUUGACCACUACACUAGAAUGCCUGCUGAUGGGGUUAGACUGUCGUCUGAGUAGUGUAAAUAUUGUAAAUCACUGUUCAAACAUUCUGUUUUCUUCUAUUUUUAUUUAUGCUUU